AUGGGUGGCCCCAGCAGUCAAGGGGGUCAGCCUCUGGCUGGAGGCGGACCCACCUCGUUGUUCAUACUAUCAGAGGACAACAUCAUUAGGAAAUACACACGAUUCAUAAUCGAAUGGCCUCCCUUCGAGUACGCUGUGCUGCUGACAAUCAUUGCCAAUUGCGUGGUAUUGGCUCUGGAGGAGCACUUACCUCAUGGGGAUAAGACGGUACUUGCUCAAAAGCUGGAAAAAACGGAGGCGUAUUUUUUGGGCAUCUUUUGCGUCGAAGCAUCACUGAAGAUCCUCGCCUUAGGGUUUGUUAUGCACAAACACUCCUACCUCAGGAACAUAUGGAACAUAAUGGAUUUUUUCGUCGUAGUUACGGGUUCAAUGACUAUUUUCGCGGAGGCCAACGUUGAUGUUGAUUUGCGAAUGCUUCGAUCGUUUCGUGUUUUGCGGCCACUAAAGCUUGUUUCACGGAUUCCAAGUUUACAAGUAGUCUUAAAGUCAAUCAUCAAAGCCAUGGCGCCCUUGCUGCAGAUAGGAUUGUUGGUCUUGUUUGCAAUUGUUAUCUUUGCAAUCAUCGGCUUAGAGUUUUACUCGGGAGCCCUGCAUAGGAGUUGUUACAGCUUAGAGGAUAUCUCGCAAAUCGUGAAGGAGGGCGAAUUUCCAACGCCCUGUAACGCCGAUAACGAUACGAUAGCACCGACCGGGGCGUACGUUUGCAACAGCAGCGAUAGCACGUGCAUCGAGCAAUGGGAAGGGCCCAACUUCGGUAUCACCAGCUUCGAUAACAUCGGCUUCGCUAUGCUGACCGUGUUCCAGUGCAUCACCAUGGAGGGCUGGACGGCCAUCUUGUACUGGACCAACGACGCGCUGGGGUCGACGUUUAAUUGGAUCUACUUCGUGCCGCUCAUCGUGCUGGGGUCCUUCUUCAUGCUUAAUCUAGUGCUCGGUGUGCUCAGCGGAGAGUUUUCCAACGAACGAGGCCGCGUCGAGCGACAGGCUCAAUUUCACAAGUGUCGCUCCAGGCAAAUGUUUGUCGAAGCAAUGACAUCCUAUCUCGACUGGAUUACGCAAGCAGAGGAGGUGAUCCUGGCCGAGGAGCGCACCACCGAGGAGGAACGGUUGCACAUCAUGGAAGCUCGAAGACGGGCCGCUGCCAAGCGGAAAAAGCUGAAAAACCUCGGCAAGUCCAAAUCCACCGACACCGAGGAAGAUGACCCGGAUGACGAUUGCGGCGAUGACGGCUACCUUAAGGCGAAGGUGAAAACCCAGGGCAAGUGCAAGGGCUUCUGGAGGGCGGAGAAACGGUUCCGGUUCUGGAUACGGCACACGGUGAAAACGCAAUGGUUCUACUGGUUCGUCAUAGUGCUGGUGUUCUUCAACACCGUGUGCGUUGCAGUCGAGCACUACGGGCAACCGAACUGGCUGACGCAGUUUUUGUACUACGCUGAGUACGUGUUCCUCGGGCUGUUCAUGAUGGAGAUGUGGAUCAAGAUGUACGCCCUAGGGCCUCGGAUAUAUUUUGAGUCGUCGUUCAACCGCUUCGACUGUGUCGUCAUCAGUGGUUCCAUUUUUGAGGUAGUCUGGUCUGAGGUCAAAGGCGGCUCAUUUGGUUUGUCGGUGUUGCGAGCCUUGCGGUUGCUUAGAAUAUUUAAGGUCACCAAGUAUUGGUCGUCGCUGCGCAAUCUCGUCAUCUCGUUGCUCAAUUCCAUGAGAUCCAUCAUUUCGUUGCUGUUCUUGUUGUUCCUGUUCAUACUGAUCUUCGCGUUGCUCGGCAUGCAGCUGUUCGGUGGCCAGUUCAAUCUGCCCGAUGGCACGCCACCUACAAACUUCAACACUUUCCCGAUCGCGCUGCUGACCGUGUUUCAAAUUCUCACCGGUGAAGAUUGGAACGAAGUCAUGUACCAGGGCAUCGAGUCACAGGGUGGACACAAGAAGGGCAUGAUCUACUCGCUGUACUUCAUCAUUCUCGUACUGUUCGGUAACUACACACUGCUAAACGUGUUCUUGGCUAUCGCCGUGGACAAUCUGGCUAACGCCCAGGAACUGACCGCCGCCGAGGAAGAACAGCUGGAGGAGAACAAAGAGAAGCAGCAGAUGGAGCUAGACAAGGAGAUGGAAGCACUGCAGAUGCAAUCCGAUGGUUCGCCACCACGCGUCGAGGUGUCCUCUCCGUCGCCUACACGAGGAAACGGAAGUGGAGGCAGCAGCACCAAGAGUAAGAAGAAGGACGAAGAAAAGGAAGAGGACGAUGACGAGAUACCGGACGGACCGAAACCGAUGCUGCCGUACUCGUCGAUGUUCGUGCUGUCACCGACAAAUCCCAUUCGCUGUGCGGCUCACUGGGUGGUGAACCUGCGCUACUUCGAUUUCUUCAUCAUGGUCGUCAUCUCGCUGUCUUCAAUCGCGCUCGCCGCCGAGGAUCCGGUCGAGGAGGACUCGCCGCGUAACAAAAUUCUCAACUUCUUCGAUUACGCGUUCACGGGCGUCUUCACGAUCGAGAUGUUGCUGAAGA